AAAAGGCGGUUUAUCUUCCAGUGAAUCCCUUCACACACCCAUCAGCUCCAAGUACUCCGCCUGCUCGCCCAGCCUUAUUUACUAAAAUGCCUUUUGUAUCCGUAUUUCUCAGGGACAGCAUUCCCCCUUCCCUCGCCCUUUCUCCUAGCUUCCCCGUCUUCCAAAAGCAACGAAUUUGACAUGGAGAACUAGGUUUUCGCUCAAAAAAACCCAGCAAGCCUACCCCUCCCAAACAAGUACAUUUUCAAAGAGCCCCCACCUCGCUUUUCUCCGGGAUGGACAAGCAAGGAACGAAUACACCCGGAUCAGCAAUGGCAUCUAGGAUCAGCAAAUUCUAUAGUCACUUCAGAGGCUCAAAAUUAAUCUAGAACGGAGUGGGGAGAAUCUACUGAAAUACCCCCUAAGUCCCCUGCUUGGGAUUCCCAAAGCCCUUAAGGUCUCAAAUAUGAAGGCAAACGCGAGUAUUGUGGGGGAAAUCUCUUGACCGAGACACCGAAGAGGUGCGGUGGCGAAAAAGGACAGGAUAAUUUUACCCACGGAGACCCUAAAAUGGAGAAGAGGAGUGGCCGGGCCGCGGGGACAGCACAGAAAUGCAAGUGUGAGCAAACGAAGGUUCUUCGGGACCCCCAAAUUGGGGUGGGAGAGGGUGAAGACUAAGAACGAGAGACCUUCAGGGGUAGGGAGAGCCCUCCCGCCUCUGCGGCGGGUAGCAGGGAAAAUGGUGAUUAUCUGAGAAGCCAGGAGUUGGAUUCGGAAGGCGACACCAGCAGAAGAUCCAAGAGGGGUGGACGGCUGGGGGGCUAGCGGGAAGCAAGGAGAAAAGAGCCCCAGGCCUGCUGCAGCCCAGACCCGGCCAGCGCCUCCCACCGUCCCCGGGUGCGGCCGAGAGAUCGGGGCCGCAGGCAGACAAGAGGCAAGUCUUACCACCAAAUUGGGUAGCCAGCGAGGACCCUGGUGCCACUGAGCAGGAGGCCGAGUAGCAGCCCGAGCAGGUGGGGCUCCAUUAGAAGCAGCGCCGAGGAGGAAGUUUGCCGGCGAUCAUGAAGAGGGGGAGCGACGCCCCCAAUAGUUGGAACAAAGUCCACUUGAGGUUGGAAAUGACUUUCGGGCUUGUCAGAGGCGCACCUCCACCCGCAGCCGCCCCCCUCCGGAGCCCAGCGCCGAGCAGCCGGGUUUGAGGAUGUCAGCGAGCAGCCAAUCAGCGCCCGCGGCCUAAGCCUGACCGGUCGUGAGGUCCUGACACCCUUCCCAGGCCUGGGUACGGCAGCAGCCCCGGCACAGGCUGGUGCUCACCUGAAGCAGUGUGACCUACUGAAGCUGUCCAGGCGGCAGAAGCAGCUCUGCAGGCGGGAGCCCGGCCUGGCUGAGACCCUGAGGGAUGCUGCACACCUGGGGCUGCUGGAAUGUCAGUUCCAGUUCAGGCAGGAGCGCUGGAACUGCAGCCUGGAGGGGAGGACUGGCCUGCUCCAGAGAGGCUUUAAGGAGACGGCCUUCCUGUAUGCAGUGUCUGCAGCUGCCCUCACGCAUGCACUGGCCAGGGCCUGCAGUGCUGGGCGCAUGGAGCGCUGUACUUGUGACGACUCCCCAGGCCUGGAGAGCCGGCAGGCCUGGCAGUGGGGUGUGUGUGGUGACAAUCUGAAGUACAGCACCAAGUUCCUCAGCAACUUCCUGGGGCCCAAGAGAGGAAGCAAGGACCUGAGGGCGAGGGCUGACGCCCACAACACCCACGUGGGCAUCAAGGCUGUGAAGAGCGGCCUGAGAACAACCUGCAAGUGCCAUGGUGUGUCAGGCUCCUGUGCUGUUCGUACCUGUUGGAAGCAGCUCUCCCCGUUUCGCGAGACCGGCCAGGUGCUGAAGCUACGCUAUGACACGGCUGUCAAGGUGUCCAGUGCCACCAACGAGGCCUUGGGUCGUCUGGAGCUAUGGGCCCCCGCUAAGCCAGGUGGUCCCGCCAAGGGCCUAGCCCCUCGUCCCGGGGACCUGGUCUACAUGGAAGAUUCUCCCAGCUUCUGCCGGCCCAGCAAGUACUCUCCGGGCACGGCAGGCAGGGUGUGUUCUCGAGACUCCAGUUGCAGCAGCCUAUGCUGUGGGCGAGGCUACGACACCCAGAGCCGCAUGGUGGUUUUCUCCUGCCACUGUCAGGUGCAGUGGUGCUGCUACGUGGAGUGCCAGCAGUGUGCACAGCAGGAGCUCGUGUAUACCUGCAAGCGCUAGGCCUCCACAGCGAAUCCCGCGGAACAGCGCGCAAGCGCGCACCUGUCGACGCACCUGCCGUGCACAAGAGUGUGCGACUCAUCUCUCUUCCCCAACAGAUGGUUGGCCAGCCCUUCUGCCUUCCCCGACACUCAGCAAAGAGAAAGAAAGCCCUGCCUCCUAGUCCCAGGAUCACCAACCUGCUGGAGGACUUGGGGCCGGAGAACAGACUGAGAAGGGGAAUCUUUGAGGACCAGGGUAGGGCAGGAAUGAUGCUGUGCGGGAAGAGAGAAACAUCCUCCUAUCUCAAGGCCAAAAACUGGGAGGAUGGGGAAGAGGGAGGCGGAGCCAGCUGGAGUGUGGGGUCAGGGCAUCCAUCUGGGCGUGGCCGAUCUCUUGUGGUCCCACUCUAAUAGCAGAGCGCUCUGGGUGCUGCAUGCCUACCCUGCUCUUGUGGCUUCGUGCACUGGAGACUUCGAAAUGUUUAUUAGGAGCAAGGGAAGCACUUUAGGCUUGGGUGGAUUGAGUCGCAGAGCCCAUGCCCUGAAGUCUUACGUCCUGGCACUCAGGGCUGCCACCUUGUCUCCUUGUCUUGAGAUCCCCUGUCCCCCAAAGCCAUUGAGCUCUGCUCAACGAGACCCCUAAUAUGUAUAAGAAGGGUGCAGGAGCCAGUCUCCUCGGUGAGACUCAGAUAAACAUAACUAGGGUUGAGCGGGGAGACAGUGACCCUUUCUCUUUCCUUUGGUCCAAGGAACCUUUAAUCACAGCCCAGAGGUGGAGAGAGGCAGGGUCCAAAUGCCUGGAAGAGAUAUGACAGGCUCUGUAUUGAGAUACCACUCUGGAGUGUGUCCUACCAAUUCCUGUGACCAGGGACCCCCAAGAACCGAGGGGCCCCCAUCCAUGUUAGUGAUACAUAAGAACGAGUGACUCAUGGGCCACACGUCUGCUUCCACCCCCUGCUCUCAAAGAUGCUUGUGCAGGCUUUUUUGCCAUUGCUAAGUCUUUGCCAAGUCUGCCUCCUCAAUGGUCUUACUCAUUUACUAACGACCUGUCACUUGGGCUCCCACCAGAGGAACAAAAUGACUGCUGGUGAAUCCUUUGGUCAUUUUUAAUGCCCCCAUCAAGGCCCUCUGUGAGAGGAGAGGAAGUAGUGUACAGGUACAGGCUCACACGUGCACACACUCAGCCUAGCCAGGCACAGACAUCCCAAGGAGCAGUGCGGCGUCUCUCCAGCCCAGGGCAAAGACCUCACUGGGGUCACUUCUGGAGGCUGUGAGCUACUCCAGGGCAGGGCCCAAGGCCAACCAGGAGGAAGUGACCUCCUUUGGGAAGCCUUUGGCCAUGUGGCUGGCUGUGCUGCACCCUCCUGUGAGCUUCCUUCCACCCUGAAAUCUGUUGGGGUUACUGUCUCUCUAAGGGAGCAGGAAGCUUCGGAAUCAGCCGGUACUCAGCACUACUGGCCCUGCCAGCUCCAGGAAAGAGACACUGUGGCGGAGAGGUCCGUGGGGCAGAAGGGGCUACCCUUUCUUCAGUGCCUCCGGGCAGCAUGCUGGGAAGAUCUUUGAUGGUGGAAAGCCCCGAGGCGGAGCCACCGUGACCUGAGACCCUUCUCUGGGACGACUUUGCCACCCACCCGCAGCUUGGCAGGAGGGGUAAACAGAUUGGGAGCUGCUUUCUACUUCCCUGAUGAAGACAGAUGUGUUCCUUGGCAACCCAAGGCAUCCUUCUCUAUGACCCUAAUCCUGCUCUGGCUCGAGGGUACAAGGCAAGAAUGGAGCCUGGCAAAACUUGGGGACUAGAACACCUGGACCUACAGCCAAAUCACCUGUACCCUGACUCUAUGGCCAGGAGGGCCAGGGGUGGAGGAGGGUUAAAGAUGAACUUGAAGUUGAGGCUGAGGCUGACCAACCAUUAAGACUGGUGCCUUAAGGCACCCUCAGUCAGGUCCUCUCCCUCCCUUCUCCAUUCUUUCUCCAAGGCCCCGUUCCCCCUAAAAUCCCACCAUAGCCAUGCUGGGUCCCCCCUUCCCCCACACUGGAACUUUAAGGAAGAUAUUCACAGGGUAUUUCUGCCUACCUCAUACAUGUAAUUUUCAAAAAAAAUUAAUUUAUAUAGUUAAGAUAUAUGGGAAAGUAUUUAUGUUAUUUAUAUAUCUUCUCUAUUUCCUGGGCACCAUAUGGGGGGUUGUGUGUUUACCCAGAAGCCUCUGAGGAAACAUGGCUGGGUCUGUCUGGGGCCUCGCAGAGCUGGAUGCGCAUAGCUGAGAGGUCACAGCUCCUGUGUCUCACUGUCUUGGAGCUCGGGAAGCACAUGUACCUCCUGAGAUAAACCCCGUGACACCAAGCAGGGCCUUCCUUGUGAAGUCUGUGGAUUCUCUGCCUCUGGCCCCAGAGGCCUUUCUGCUCUGGCCCAAGGGUUUUGCUCAUAAAGGACAAAAAGGGUGAGCAGCUCUGGAUUUGUAAAGCACUUUCCAUCUUCAGAAACACUCCUCUCUUCUCUCUCCCUCGGUUACCCCCGGUUCCCUAUGAGGUCAUGCCACUGUUACCACGUUCCAGGCCCAGAGACGGAGGCAGGUUGGUCAAAGCCAGUCACUCUCUGAACCCAGAGGUUGAGGAAGAGUGCAUGCUGCGUGGAACGCUGGUCUUCCCCCAUGGAUGGCAUGCUAGUUUCUCCAGCAAGCUGAGUCUCAUGUCCCCAAAGACGGGGACUUCCUGAGAAGCCUGGAGAGACAAGGGCUCCGUGGAUGUCACUCUUAGGGAGGGUGUCCUGCAGCCCUCAUUGACCUCCACGACUAGGCUAUGGUCUCCAGCCCCUCACAGCUCGUGGAUAAUUUGUGUUUCUUCGCUUUUGUUUUUUGUCUUUUCAAAGUGACUUUUUCCCCACUGGAUUUCUAAGUUUCUCUUUGAAAAUCAGUUCACUGGCAAAUGGGACCUGCAUCCUGACCUGGCUGCCUGCAUCAGGAGCGACACCAAACAGAGUGCGUGGGGAUCCCCAAUUGGCCCAGUGUCCCCCGGCCCUUCCUUAAGUCACACAAGCUCCCGUGUGGCUUUCGUGAGCAUGGAGAACCUGUCCCCUGGUCUUAGAGAAAGCCAGCCAUUCUGCCACCCUCUGUUUGUCUGGCAGACAGAUUACCACACCGUGGCUGUCUUUCUAGCCAAAGCUUCCUCUCUCAACACCCAUGAACGUCCAUGCUUCCUGUCUGAGCACUGAGGAGAACCCCAGCGGAGCUCAUUGUUCAGUGCUGGAAUACCCAUCCCCCCUCCCGUUGAUUAUUUAGGGAGUGUCUGAUAAUGCCAGGGGAUACUCUGGGUGCUAGGGCGCAGAAGUACUUAAGAGCAAGUCCCAGCCUCAGGGGACUUAUAUGCCGGCGAGGAGAAAGCCAACAAACCAAUAAACUAUGCACUGGUUA